UGUUUAUUUCAAGUGAUUCCAGAUAAACAUUUUAAGAAACUGAAACUUAAAGCCUAGGCAUCCUCCUUAUCUGACUUUUUAACUUGUCUCUUCGGACAAGUAACUUUUUCUGAAAAAUGCCAUUACUUUUUUAGAACCUGUGCCACAUUUGCUGUUGAAAAGGGAUCUUGACCAGGCCUUUUCUAAACUACAAAGAACUUCAACAUCUGUACAGGAAGUAUACCGUCUGCUUAUAAUUGGGACUCACUUGGCAAGCUGUCAAAAUGUUACCAGUUAAAUUAGUCGACUUCUCUGAUAGCCUAUAGGUAGAAGAUAUCUGGCUUGGUUUUUCCAUUAAAUUGGCUCGUUUGGAGAGUCGCAUUCUCUCUUUUAAGCAGAUUCUUAUUUCUCAUGGAAAUUAAUAAGACUUUAUUUAGAAUAGCCUGCUGUCAAACGUGCAAUUAGCGUCGAAAAAGUCUCAAAUUUCUGGAGAUUUAUCCGCGGGAAGCAGUCUCUAUAAAUGCUCACAUGACCAAACUGGAUACCACAAAAACGUGAAUGUUAAUAGAAAUCUUAUAGCUAGCCUAUAUAUGACUUAAAAGGGUGAUUUUGAAGUCCUAUAGGCUACUCAAAGUUUCCUUCGUUCAUUUUAUGUAGGCUGUGUUUUUCUUUUGCCAUUUUUACCCCAUUUUUCCUCGUAAUAUUCUGUCUUCCUUGAUGGAACAAUGCAUUAAAGCUAGCUAACAUUAGCAUCAUUUUAAGCCACUUGGAAAGCGGCCAACAGCGUAAAAUUUAGCCACUGGGUGGCAGAAUGUCAGAAUUUUAGUUCUUUGCCAAUUUUAAUUAAAAGAACGCAGAAAAACAGAGCACUCCUACAAAAAAAGAGAGUAAAACAGUCAUAAAUGCUAAGUCUUUUAAUAAUUUGAAUAGGCUGCCUAAAUAAAAUUAAUUCGUUGAUUGGUUAAUCCCUAGGCCCUACUUGCAGAAUUCUCUACGAAACAAAAUUAACAAAAAUGCAGUUGUUUUAAACGCUUUAGCAUGUGUAGCCUAAAGAGAACAUGUGAAAAUACAGCAGAAAAAAGGCUACACUAUUAGGCGCACUGUUGUGUUGGGUUACAGUCGUGUUCAACGUUAAUUAGUGUGCCAGUGCUGUUCAGUGUAAGUAUACACAAGCCUCUUGACUUGUUUAUUUUGUAUUCUCAAUACACUUGAAUUUGGGUGGCGUCUGAAAGCCCUUUUCUGAGUGUGAGCUGGUUGGGUCCUCAGCACUCUGGACAGCGCCUGACUUCUGCUGCUCCGCUGCUGAGAGAGAGAGUGCGCUUACUCAAACAGGCUGCCAUAAAAUACCAGUCAAGAAAAACAUGAAUGGAACCGAUAUAUUUCACUACACUUGAUUUACAGCGGUUUCCCCCCCGUCUCGCGAUUUCAGUUGACUUGAUAACCUCCAGUGACGCGCGGCUCAUUUGCACGAUCUGACAUCUUUAUUCAUAAAUAGCCCCCAUUCACAUCUCUCUGACGUUCAUCGACCCUCUGACGAAACCUGCUCUUAUAAGAUUCACAGUAAGUUUGGCUCACUCUGAAAUGUGCUGUAGUGCUCCUCUCCUGAGGCGACAGUUGGGCUCUUUUUGCACUGUUGGUGGCAAUUGAGUGGCUGGUGGCUUAUUCACAAAGAGAUACAACGACUUUAGCAGAGAGAAGAUGAACAUCCAUGUGGAGGGGUUGGUGGCGAUUGUCAUCUUCUACCUGCUGAUCCUUGUAGUGGGAAUCUGGGCAGCAUGGAAAAACAAGAAUUCCGGAGUGGUGGAGGGAACUGAUCGCAGUGAGACUAUUAUGGUCGGCGGAAGGGAUAUUGGAUUAUUUGUCGGCGCAUUUACCAUGACUGCAACUUGGGUCGGAGGGGGUUAUAUCAACGGCACAGCAGAGAAUGUAUAUCUUCCCGGGUACGGCUUGGCAUGGGCACAGGCUCCCUUUGGAUACGCGCUCAGCCUUGUAUUGGGUGGCCUUUUCUUUGCUAAACCCAUGCGCUCCCGGGGUUACGUCACCAUGCUUGACCCCUUCCAGCAACUGUAUGGAAAAAGGAUGGGUGGUCUGCUAUUCAUCCCUGCUCUAAUGGGGGAAAUGUUCUGGUCAGCCGCCAUCUUAUCUGCCCUUGGGGCCACACUGAGUGUGAUCAUUGACAUCGACAUCAAUAUGUCUGUGAUUAUUUCGGCUCUUAUUGCCAUUUUCUACACGCUGGUGGGAGGGCUCUACUCAGUGGCCUACACUGAUGUUGUCCAGCUCUUCUGCAUUUUUUUAGGACUGUGGGUGAGCGUCCCUUUUGCACUAUCAAACCCAGCUGUGUCUGACAUCGGAGUGACAGCAGUGAAGCAGCUCCAUGCUAAUCAGACUGCGUGGCUUGGGAAGAUAGAAAGCCCUGACAAAUGGAUGUGGGCUGACAACUUCUGCCUUCUGAUGUUGGGGGGGAUUCCCUGGCAGGUGUAUUUUCAAAGGGUUCUUUCUGCCUCUUCAGCUACCUAUGCUCAAGUCCUCUCAUUCCUGGCUGCCUUUGGAUGUAUCAUCAUGGCUAUUCCCUCCGUCCUGAUCGGAGCAAUAGGGGCUUCCACAGACUGGAACAUGACAACGUACGGGCCAAUUCCUCCCAUGCAGAGGGACCAGUCCGACAUGAUCUUACCAAUCGUGCUACAGCACCUGUGCCCAGCCUAUAUCUCCUUUUUUGGUCUGGGGGCAGUUUCUGCUGCAGUGAUGUCAUCCGCUGACUCAUCCAUCCUAUCGGCCAGCUCCAUGUUCGCUAGGAACAUCUACCAGCUCGCUUUCCGGCAAUCGGCUUCCGACCGUGAGAUUGUGUGGGUCAUGCGGAUCACUAUUUUUGUGUUCGGGGCUCUUGCGACAGCCAUGGCUCUCCUGACUGGGACUGUCUAUGGUUUAUGGUACCUGAGCUCUGACCUGGUCUACGUCAUCAUCUUCCCCCAACUCAUCUGUGUUCUUUUUGUCCGUGGCACGAACACCUAUGGCGCAGUGGCUGGAUACGUAUUUGGAAUGAUCCUGCGCAUCGGCGGAGGGGAACCUUAUCUCAAACUGCCUCCCUUUAUCUACUACCCUGGAUGGACCAUUGAGGAGAAGGUCCAUCAUGUGACCAAUGAGGUGGAAUACCUGGUGUUGCAAAGGUUUCCCUUUAAGACAGUUUCCAUGCUGGCCUCGUUCCUAAGCAACAUAGCCGUCUCACACCUGUUUAAGUACCUGUUUGAGAGUGGCACUUUGUCGGCUAAAUAUGAUUUCUUGGAUGCGGUUGUGGCCAAGCACAGUGCUGAAAUAAUGGACAAGACCACACUGGUGAACAAGAACAUCAUUGGACUGAAUGAAAUGGCCCCAGUCAAGCCAAGACUUAGUGUUACAUUAGCAGCUACCUUCACCAGGAAAGAAACCCUGACCGAAGAGGAAGACUCCAGCCCGGAGUCACCAAGUCAUGAGAUCAAGUAGAGGCUUUAUGCCCAAUCCUGAGACUCUCUAGUGGCUCCAUAAUGUGAAGAAUGGUGCUUCACUCAAUAAGUAAAGAAAUAUCAGAUUUUAAUUCCAUAAUUAAUUCACUCCACAUCAUUUUCUGGAAUUUCCAUCACUUCUUUCAGAAGGGAACUGGAUAGCAACUGAAACUCUAUUGAAAAUGGCAAAGAGAGAAGAAAACAGCAGAGAUUUGUGUGGUUUGAGUAAUAUUAGGAAAAAAAAAACUGACUUACUUACCUUGAGAAGCUCUUCGACUCCUGUUGGUAUGUACAAUCCUUAGUGACUCUCCUUUCCCUUCUAAAGAACAUGUUGAGAUACUGUGAUAAUCCUGGAGAAAUAAUAAUAUUAAAGGGACAGUUCACCCAAAAAUGUUCUGUCAUCAUUUACUCAACCUCAUGUGGUCAUACAAUUAAAGUCAGUGGGCUGUUUUGGACCCUAUAUGGAAAAAAGCAGUUGAAAAGCAUUCUUCAAAGUAUCUUUUUGUGUUCCAGCAUUGAAAAUGAUGACAAAAUGUUCAUUUUUGGGAGAAAUAUUCCUUUAAUUCCACUGAAUCUGGACACAGAUCAGUCCAGAUUUUAAAAAAAGAAAGAAAAUGUAACUGAUUAUAAUAUAUCAAAUUAUAGCUAUAUAUGAAUAGAUAAUAGGUGUAAAUUCAUGCGUCAUGCCAUUAUGUACGUCAAACUCCCAUGAUAGAUAUUAAUACAGAUUAUCCUAUCGUCCUAUCAUAAAAGUCAAAUGUAGCUAAACAGUUAUAUGCUGUUCCAUAAAUACGUAAUUAUAUAACAAGUGAUGUGCUUCCCAUCUACAAAAUACCUUUAACAACUGUGACAUAAGUGCACAUGUGGCAAAUGUAUUUUUCAUGUUCAUAGUGCAAUAUUAAGGUGAACGGGAAAACAAAGAACAUGGAGAUAUAUAUAUAUAUAUAUAUAUAUAUAUAAUCUUAAAUCGCCUUAAUUAGCUACAAUACAUUGAUUAAAUGGGGGUGAUUGGACAUUAUGCAAACCCGGUUGGUCACUUUGUUGUACUUGAAAUUGAAUGUAGCUGCAAAUGAUUUACCAGAUGUAAUAAUAACCUGUUCGGGUCUGUGCUGUGUUAUAUUUUGUGAUUUGAUGUCAAAAGAAGUCAUUGUACCUGGUUCCAGGAUGAGCCAGCUGCUGUGUUAUUUUGUUGGCUUUAGCAAUACAGAAAUUUGUGUGAUGUGUGUAUUUAUAUUCCAAUGAAUAUAACUGUAACUAGUAUUCCACUAAUGUAAAGUAUCACUUUACCGUUCUAUAUAUAAGUACAUAUAUAUUUAUUUGGAUCGGUUGGAGCCAGCUACACAAAUCUAUAUUUAUUUAUUAAUUAAUUGUGGCCUACAGAUUAAACAUAGGAUUAUUAAAAGAUAAUAAAUUUUAUUGUUAAGA